AUGACGACGACCAAAUCCACGGAGACGGCAUCGCGGUCCACCGCGACGGUGGAGAAGGGUACCCAUGUCUUUGAAAUCGUCGGGUACAGUCUUGAGAAGGGAUUCAGCGCCGGUCACUUGGUCCGGUCUGGUACUUUUACUGUCGGCGGCUUUGACUGGGCCCUCAGCUUCUACCCCGACGGAGGCGAUGAGGCUUCCGGAAGUUCCCCUUGGAUAAUUCUUGAGCUUGUGAGCAAUGGAGCCGAGGCUCGUGCGCAGUGUGGCGUCGGAUUGCUGAAACAGCCUUCCGGGUUGCUGGGCUGUGGGUGGAGAAUGAGACACCCAAGGACGUUUAACUCCAGUGACAGCAGCCGCUUUGCACCGUUCAGGUUGAAGAGUGAGGCGGAGUUGAAAGCAUCAGGAUUCUUAGUUGGCGAUUGCCUGAAGAUGAAGUGCACCCUCAUGGUCGUCAAAGGAUCACAGUUAUCUGAGAUCAAGGAGGACUCUGAAAUUGAAGUGCCACCGUCCGAUAUCACCAAGCAUUUUGGCACCCUGUUAGAGGACAAGGUGGGAGCAGAUGUCACAUUCAGUGUUGGAGGGGAGACCGUCACAGCGCACAAGAUUGUGCUCGCAGCACGGUCACCUGUCUUCAAGGCUGAGCUCUACGGCCCGAUGAGCGAGACAAGGACAAGCUGUGUAACCAUCCAAGAUAUGCAGCCUGCAGUGUUCAGGGCAAUGCUGCAUUUCGUGUAUACAGAUUCAUUGCCGCGUAUGGAUGAUCUCAAGGGAGGCGAUUGCAGUGAGAUGAUCCGUCAUUUACUGGUGGCUUCUUGUAGAUAUGCCCUCGACAGGUUGAAGAUGAUUUGCCAAAACAUCCUUGCCAAGAAUCUUGACGCAGAGACUGUCGUAACAACACUGGCUUUAGCAGAUCAGCAUGAUUGCGAGAGGCUUAAGAAGGUUUGCAUUGAGUUUAUCACCUCGCCGAAUGAGAUGGAUGCUGUGCUGGCAACCCAAGGUUACGCAAGUCUCAAAAGAACCUGCCCUUCUGUCUUAGUUGAGGUUCUGGAGAAAACAAGUCGUCUUCGCAGAAGUUAG